UACGCUACAGCUCUCCCCACGCUCCUCCACCCUACAUCCGCCGUUCGGUAUUAAGCGUCACCGGCGAUUAUCCCGCUGUGGAAAGGAACAAACUCGUGGCCACAACAGAGCGGGAGAAUCAAAGGAGACAUAUCUCGUUCUCUCGUAAUUUCUAUCAAUGGCGGAAGAAGAAGUGGCGAUCGAAGUUGAAGCCGUACAAGCAGUCUAUGGCGAAGAUUGUCUGGUUCUCGAUCACUUCCCUCCCCAUCUUCACGUCCAUAUCAAGCCUCGGACCGCUGACGUUUCAUCGCAACAGUUUGUUGAAGCAGUUCUUGGGAUACAAGCAGGUUCAAAGUAUCCAAAUGAACCACCGAUUAUUGAUAUUAUAGAUUCCAAGGGACUAGAUGAAGAAAGGCAAAUGCAUCUGAUAAGAAGUAUACGGAACAAAGCUUGUGAACUCUCCUCUUGUUUAAUGCUUGUGGCACUUUGUGAGGAAGCGGUGGAGAGGCUGUCUACAAUUAAUCACCCAGAUGGAAAUUGUCCAUUAUGUUUAUAUCCUUUGUUUCCAGAACAUAAGCAAAAUAAUAUUCUGCCAUUUAUGAAGUUGAUGUCUUGUUUUCAUUGUUUUCACAGUGAAUGCAUUAUAAGGUGGUGGAAUUGGCUUCAAACUCAAGAAGAGAUGGACCCUGAUAACUCAUCUAGCGCAAUUGUACAACCUUCAAACGAGAUAGAACAGCAACGAGGCAUGCAUGGAAUGACUGAAGGGAGUACAGGAAACUGCCCUGUUUGUCGUAAGGUCUUCCAUGCCAAAGAUAUUGAACAUGUGCUUAGCUUGGUUGGUUCUCACUCCUCAAAUUUGAGUUCCAAUGGGACUGAAAUCACUGAUGACGAGAAGCUCCUUCAUUCUGAUUCAGAAGUAACCAGAAGGCUGAAAUUUGAAGCCGUACUGAAAUUACAGGAAGAAAAUAGUGGCUUAAUUGAGCCCAAAAAAAAUGGUGUCAUAGUUCCAGGUAUGUUUCUUCAGCGGCCAAUUGCACCACCUUCAGCUUUAUCAGCCAAAGGACCCACCUCUGAGCAACAGCAGAGGGAUCCUAUAAUUUUUUCUGAAACUAGCUCAAGUGGUUCUUCAAGUAGGGCUAGUACCAGUGAGCAGAGGAACCUUGGCAUGAGGAGGCACAGGGUAAGAAAUUCAAGAAAACCAGUCAAGCAGUGGGUUAAGAAAGAUAAUACUCCUACAAACUAAACCAACAAAUGGGCAGAUUUUGAGUUCCCAUCCCUCGGUUGUCACCUCCAUAAGAAACAUUUUUGUGCUCAUAUUUUAUAUAUUUGGACCUAUUCAACCUAUUUCGAUGCUUGGCCCGCUACAUAAUGUAUAUCAGACUUGGAGUUGAUAGGGAGAUCUUUACAUGAAAGAAGAUUUGAUACUACAACGAUGUUUACACAAGAUACAGAUUUAUAGAGAGAGCCUCGGUUGAUCAA